CCAGUGUUCCCUGUGCCAGCAUUCCCUGUGCCAUGGGCACGGAGAAGCUGCUCCGGCCGCGGCAGCUCCGCGUGCGUCGCACUUGUUCCCUGGACACCGUCGUGGGCUCCUACCUGCUGGGCCAGUGGCCACGGGACACCGAGGGAACUGCCACCUCCUGCAUGAAUGACAAAGCCACCCAGGUACAAACUCCUGCCACGAGCUCCAGCCUUCAAGGAGAACUCCUAGCAACCUGCGCUGAGCGGCGCUCGGCGUCCUGGGGCAGCACUGACCAUCGCCGGGAGAUUGCCAAGCUGAAGCAGCAGCUCCAGCGCACGAAGCUCAGUGGGAAAAGUGGGAAAGACAAGGAGAAGAGCUGUCCAUUCCCAGGGGAUCACACAGUCAUUGCAUCACUCCAGGACUCUCCUUCAGGCUUCCCUUCUCCAUCUCCUGUUCUGAGGCUCAGCCCCUGCUUGCACAGGAGUCUGGAAGGCCUAAACCAGGAACUGGAGGAAGCAUUUGUGAAGGAACAGGGAGAUGAGGAGCUGCUGAGGAUCCUGGAUGUCCCGGAUGGGCACAGGGCGCCGGCGCCUGCCCAGGGAGGCUCCAUGGAUGCAUCCCUGGCCCUGGAGCCUGGCAGUGAGGAGAGCAGCCCUUCCCCAGUGUUGGUCUUUGCCUCUUCCCCUCGGCCCAACCACAGCUACGUGUUCAAGCGGGAGCCGCCCGAGGGCUGCGAGCGCGUCCGAGCCUUCGAGGAAGCUCUCAUUCCCAGCCCUGCUCAGCCUUUCCAGCCUUCCUGCCCAGACAAGAACAAGGUGCACUUCAGGCCCAGAGGCUCUGCCUUCUGCCCCGUCAGCCUGGCCAGGCCUCUGCUUCCCACCAUGGAAUUCCUCCUCAGGGCUCCUGCCCGGAAUUGUGAUCCCUGGAAGCUUUCCCAGCCAGAGGAGAGUGUUGUUUUCCACAGCUCCCUCGUGGUGUGA